AGUGCGCAAGUGUGCGCGUGCGCAAGGUUGAGGCGCGAUGGCAGGUGUCGGGGUCCGACCGCUGCAGGGGAUGGUGCGAUUUGUGCUGCUGGUGCUUACUGUGUGCGCUGCGGGUGCCCGUGGUCUCUAUUUCCACAUCGGCGAGACUGAGAAGCGCUGCUUCAUCGAGGAAAUACCCGACGAGACCAUGGUCAUCGGCAACUAUCGAACUCAGAUGUGGGACAAGCAGAAAGAGGUCUUCCUGCCAUCGACCCCCGGCCUGGGCAUGCAUGUGGAGGUGAAGGACCCAGACGGCAAGGUUGUACUGUCCCGGCAAUACGGCUCCGAGGGCCGUUUCACGUUCACUUCCCACACACCCGGUGACCAUCAGAUUUGUCUGCACUCCAACUCCACCAGGAUGGCUCUCUUCGCUGGAGGCAAACUGCGUGUACACUUGGAUAUCCAGGUUGGGGAGCAUGCCAACAACUACCCUGAGAUCGCUGCUAAGGAUAAGUUAACAGAGCUACAGCUUCGUGCUCGCCAGUUGCUUGACCAGGUGGAACAGAUCCAGAAGGAGCAGGAUUAUCAGAGGGUAAGGGACUUGCACUUGGAGGCUGCAGUUGACCUUUAUACUCACUGUGUGUGCAACGUGUCUGCUGGGCCCUUCUCUACUCAGGAAGAUGUGGGAGUUACCAGUCUACACAGUAUCGUGAAGAACGCUUCCGUCUGACCAGUGAGAGCACCAACCAGAGGGUCCUGUGGUGGUCCAUCGCCCAGACCGUCAUCCUCAUCCUCACUGGCAUCUGGCAGAUGCGUCAUCUCAAGAGCUUCUUUGAGGCCAAGAAGCUGGUGUAGGGAUCUUGCUCUGUAACCUUUCCUUUUUACCUCAAUCAUUUGAUAAUUUUCCCAGCCAGCCCCUUGUCCACCUGGAUCUUGAGGAGGAAAAAUGAAAAACCAUAUGUCAUCGGUAUCCUGGCAUUAAGCCAUUCAGAUCAGCUACCUUUGACCCUGCUUCUCCAAGAAGCAGACAUUGGUCUAAGCUUUCAAAACCUGCCUUGGGGUUUGGGAGAAGUUGGAAUUAACCCAAGAUCAAGUCAUUUCUUUUGCCUCUGGCAAUUUCUCCUCUGUUUUCGAAGAGAUGACCAAAUGCACUUCUGUUUUCUGUGUGUCUGCUUGUUCUUACUGAACAAGCAGCUGGCAUGCCCAUGGAGGCGACCCUGCCUCUGUGCUCCUGGGUCAGUCCUGAGUUCUCCCAACAGCUUUGUGAAUGUAAAUGAGGGGCAGUUUGGGGUCCCGAAGGAUGGAGAUGCCUUUCUAUAUUUUAGAACUAUUUUUGGAUAAAUUAUAUAUUUUCCUUCCUGAUUGAAUCAUUACUGCCUGAAACUAGCCAAGAACAACCAAUCCAGACCUUAUCCAUUCUACUUAUUCACACAGUUUUAAUAAUGGCUAUGCAGUGGCUUCUUUGGCAAUCUGCGGCCAGAAAGCAGAUCCCUGUCAGAAGGUCCUCAGGUUUCACUCAAGCAGUGGUAAAUGUUUUUGAAGGUUCGUUUUUUUUCCUUGCAACUCCGUAUGUAGACUUGACCAACCUCAGACCCACGGUGCGUGCAUACUUAUCAGAUGUGAUUAAAGAGGCGUGUGCCACCACACCCGACACCAACAUUUUCCUCAAGGGAACCACAGUUCGGUUCUUUAUGCAGACUUUUUUUUCCCCAAUGAAAUAAAAAGUAGUUAACUAUGUCUGAUAUGAAAUAGUAGGCUGUGGGUAGUGGUUAGACCAAGGAAAGGUGGUGGGGUAAGGGCACAGAAGGUUGCUGCCUGGACUGCUCACCUUUGUAGAGAACCGGGAGUAGACUUCGGUAGGCGUUCACAUAAGGAUUGGCCUGGGAAUGGGUGGGAGGAUUGGUUCAGCAUUCUGAAAGGUCACCCUGCUAGAUAAGAUGUCGGCAAAGAACUAACAGCAGCAGCAGCAGCAGCAGCAAAGAGGAGGUGGUUUCUUGGCUCCUGAGUCAUAAAGAACUCUGACUGAACUUCACUCACCCGCUUCUGUAUGAGCCUCAUGCAAUUAGUUGCCCAUUCUUGGUAUUUUUAUUUCAUAGUUUUAUUAUAUAUUUAUUUGGAAUAUUUAUUAAAUUUCUUUUUCUGACUUAUAGAACUAAA